UAAUGCAUUUUAAAGAUGCGUAAACCGAAAAGAAAAAAAAGGAAGUAAAUGUAUUCAGGGUAUGAUUAAAAUUCGGCAAAAAAACUGAAAUAAAUAGAUAGAAAUACUUUCUUUAUUGAAGACUAGGAAUUUAGUCGAGAUCACAGAAAAUUAACGUUGUUUCCGUUACACAGUAUAAACAGGAAGAGAUUGUAGUACAUAUUUUAUGAGAUUGUGACAAAGGGAAAAUGUCUCAAAACGACACAGAAAGUUUAACAGCUGCUUCAACUGUAGAUCCCAAACAACAGGACUUGUCAGAGAACAUAAAAAGCGAUAGCAAAGAACCGUCAGAUUCAUAUACAAAUCAAACUUACAGUACAGAUCCAGAUACUACACAAGAAAAAUCACAAACUCCAGAAUAUGAAAAUCAAACGCAAAGAUUAGUGAAAGAUGAACAAGUUCCAUCAACUAGUAAAUCAACAGAGCAUAGACAUUCUAACAGACCUCCAACGUUGUCCUUGGCUGCUACAAAAGAUGACAAAAUACUUGCAGAAGAAAUAAAACAUCAACCAAAAGAAGAUGACAGUCGUGAAGAGAAUGAAACAAAUAAAAAUAAAACUAAAUCAAGGAUUGCUAGGGCGUUAGAUUCAUCAAGAAAAGCAAUAGCAUGGAUCACAGUGGGAAAAAUUGGUCCAGGAUUUCUGGUAGCACCAGCGUUGUUUUCACUUACUAUUCACACAAUGAUGUUUGCACUAGGAAUUAAGUAUUCUGGGAAUUGUAACACAAAGCCUUUAGUACCAGUAGCUCUGGUUUUGAUUGGUGGAGACGGCAUGUUGAAGUCUUUAUCAUACCUCCUACAGAUUGUUAUUGUUAUCCAAACAAAAAUGAAACGACCUAAAGCCUUGUUGUUUUUAUCCGAAUCUAGCAUUAUAGACAGUGGUCUGAAUUAUCUUUACAUUUGUGCUGUCUUUUUAGGUGCUGGGGCGGUAUUUUACGGAGAAAUGGCCAUUUGUGAAAUUACCAUAUUUGAAAUUUUAUUUUACUAUGAAAUCAUAGCACUAUGCAUAAUUGGAUUAUUGAUAGCAUUACUUGUUUAUAAAGCCGUAAAGCCAAACGUGGAUACAGAUUUCAUAGAUGAAAGAGGAAAUAUUGUGUAAACUUUAUGUACAGAGUUAUCUCCCGUACAACGUCUAACGCUCCUAAAUAACAAUACCAUCGACAAAACUUUGCAUUAUUUACAUCUUUCAGUUUUGGCUUUUCUGAAGUUUAACUCUCGAACAGCUUAUGUCAGAAAUGCUUAUAGCGCUCACGGAAAUCAUAUCAUAUGUCAAAAAUAAAUUCACCUUUCUUCUGAAAAAGUACUUUAACCGUAUACCUUGUGAAUGUGAAAUUAGAUUGGAGAUUUGAUAGGACCUAAACACAAAAACAAAAAUUCACUUCAAUAUGAUUAUGAUGGUCUGGAUGGGGUUUACAAAAUAUAAAAUAAGAGGCAAAUUCUGCAGAAUAAAUGGCUAAAAAUUUAUAAAUAAGGAAGACAGAAAAAUAGGGAAAAAAACAAGAAUGGUGGAAAAGCAUAGAAUACAGAAAAAAAUACCAAACUAAAAACUGAUACAGAAACGAAGGACCCCAUCCAUACCCUGUGUCUGUACUAAGGAGGAAUCGUGGCAAUGAUUGUAUUUAAUAGUCAUUUAGGAGUUUUAGGUUCAAUGAAAGAGUUAGUUAAAUGUAUGUACUGGCAGCACAUUGUUUUUAUAUGCAUAUUGUAUUGACUUACUGUAUAUAUUGCAAACUAAAAUUACCUGUCAUCUAUAGAGUCCUUAAAAUGUCUUGUGGUGAGUUGCUCCAGGAAUGAAGUUAACAAAACAGCUCCUUUAAGUCAUAAUAUUAUGUAAACAUUGUUUUUAUAUUUAUAUUCAAAUAAAGACGUACAUAACACUAUA